AUGUCCAAGCGCAACAGUCUUUUCCGACGUGCGGAGAAGACCAAGAGUCAUUAUCCCCAGCGUGAGGUGACCGUCUCCCGGAACAGCCAAGGCAUUUUUGGCUUUGAAGUGCGCGGCGGUGUUGAGAAUGAUGUCAUCUCCCAUGUCCACAUCCCGAGCAAGUCCAAGAUCAACUGCACAUCCGGCUCACUGAAGGAUGGCGACCUCAUCUUCGUGGCCAACGGCAAGAACAUUAUCGGCGAAACACAUGAAAUGGUCACCGAUCUCAUUCGCAAUGCCGGCCCCCAGCUGCGUCUGGUCGUCUCCUCGCCAAAGGAUUCAGACUCGGCCAAGUUCAGUCACCUGGUGACCUUGAGCAGUAACAUUGAUCCGCAAACGGCCAAGUUGCAGGCCGAGGUUAAGCAAAAGCUGUAUGACAUGUCGGCGCGCUUCACAACGCGGCCCAUGCACCCUUCAGAGAUGCAGGGGCGAGAGUUCAACUUUGUGAGUGAUCAAGAGUUUGAUCAGCUUCGCUCUGCCAACCGCUUCAUCGAGUGCAGCAAGGCCGAUGAUGGCUUUUGGUACGGGACGGUCAAGCCCAACAAGGACCUUGCCAGCCGUGACAAUCGCGAAUCGCGACGAGCUGUUCUGGAAGGCCGUGUGCACGCUGAUUCUACAAAGAAGUCUGCGCCAGGCGCUGCAGCCAACGGUGUCGCGGGCACAACCCCAAGCAAUGGCGCAAACGCAUCUCGCGAGACACCACGCAUCGCCGUUGACGAGCCUGACACGUCAGUCGUUUCAGAUGCCAACGCUCAAAUCCAAACAGUGGUGCUGGCACGGCGCGAUGGCCGACUGGGCUUCUCUUUCAAGGGAGGCAUUGAAUUUGGCGUGUUGCUUAGCGUGCGUGAAGUUGAGCACGUGGACAUUAUCUCCACUACCAACCGCGGGCUCAAACCCGGCGACUGCAUCUUGGCAGUCAACGGCGUAUCCGUGGCCGGCUGCACGGUGGAAGAGGCGGAGGCCAUGAUCACCAAGUUGGCUGAUCCCGUCGAGCUGACCACCACCUGCUUCCCGCCCAUUCAGCGCCAGGACAACCGCCCAGGCUAUGUCAAGCUGAGCGAAUUUCUGCACGAGAGCGCGGCUGACACGGAGGAUCUGCGCCAGGCCAAGAUUGACGUCAAGCGUGACAUUUACGGCCUGACCGUUCCUUAUACCACCCGUGCUCCGCGCGAGGGCGAACAAAAUGGCAAGCACUACCACUUCAUCUCCCGCGAUACUUUUGAUGAGAUGCGCAAUGCCGACAAGUUUCUCGAGUGGGGCGAGAAGGACGGUGUACUUUACGGCACCCCCAAGCGCAACCGCGAGGUCAAGGCCAGCAACUUUCGCCGCUCUGCCUCCUUUGCACACGUGCGCGGGAAGAAGAUUUUCCGUCCCAACUUUGUCACCAUCAAUCGCAAGGCCGGCGAGGCCAUUGGCUUUGAUCUCCUCUCACCAGACGGCCGAACUUUUAUCAAAUCUGUGCAACCCAACAGUCCAGCAUACCAGGCCAAGCUUCGGGCAGGCAUGCAGAUCAUCAGCGUCAACGGCUCAGACGUGACGGAAUCCAGCUUUGAGGACAUUACCAAAAUGAUUUCCAGCAGCGGUGACCGCUUGACGUUGUCAGUCAAGUACGAUCCCAAUGGCUAUGAUGAGGUCUUGGCACUGGUGUCAAGCGCUACCCAGAACCCUGCGACGGAAGGCACCACUGGCAAGAGCAAGAGCGUGUGGAAAACAUAUGCGUUGUAUGGCAGUGCAAUGGCGGCAGCUGUGGCGGGGGUCGUGUACAUGUAUGUGACCAACCAUGAGCUGUUUGGCCAAUCUCAAGACGACACGGCCGUCUCCACCCCUUUGCCGGCUCCCACUCCCAUUGCCUAAAGCCGCAGUCUGAGCAUCAUGAAACGGCGGCAGCUAGAACAAGCCGACUCUUUAGCUUUUGAUCCUUUUCCCCUUGCCUCCUCCCCGCAUGAUCCCUCUUGCUGAUAGGAAGCCUAUUAUUGUCUUCCUCGCGGCCACUGGCUGUGGCUCCCGAAUGUAGAGCGUGCUGUCACCUUUCUCUCUUAUUCUCCUUGUUAUUGUCCUGUGUGCAUCUUUGCGACGUGCGUUCAAACCUCUAUUUUCUCCAGUUGAAUGGGCAAUUAGCU